CAUUUUCUAGUAUAUUUUAAAAGAAAGUAAAUGACCAGAUAAAAAUUAUUAAAUUACUUUAAUCAGUAGCCACAAUUGUGAGUCAAAUAUUGCAGAAGAAGUUAUUAAAAUAAGAGCAAAAUGGAAAAUUUAAUAGCUCUAUCUGGUGGUCUAGCAGCUGGCAUUGCCUAUCUGGUGUGUUAUUUUUGUGUUAGAAAAUAUAUGAGAUGGAAGAAGAAGAAAGCACAUUUCAAGACUGGUUCGGCGAUAUUAUGGAUGGUUCCAUGCCAGUGAUAGUGUUUCUGGUGAUGCUCGGUUGCGUUUUCAUCCUGUACACAUACAUCCAAUGCAAAAUUAAGGGCAAGGAGAACUCGUCGUUCUACAGGUACCACACCGUUCCCGCGUGCAAUGCCGAUUUUCUUCUGUGGAUAUCACAACGACAGCAAAAUGAAGUAUUCAGCAUUAGCGGUAGAGUACAAGGACAAAACCCCACUCAAACGUUGAGCAGUGAUGCAUUUGUAUCCAUAGGACAUAUUACAGCUAGUAAUCAAUUUAAUAAACCACCCACAAAUGACGAGCCUCCUUCGUAUGAAGAAGCAAUAUGCCUACCCGUACCUGAUCUUCGACAGACCAGGAUACAAGUGCAGCAACCCCCAAGCCACACAGUUGCAAUGAACUGAAACAAAUCCAACCAUGUGCCUUCACUCAGUACUUAAAUGUGAUAAUCUAGUAUAAGUUUCGAGCUGUAUAUUAACUCGUGUCUUAGUUUUAAAUAUUUUAAUUAAAUUAUUAAGCCAAAUAAAUAUUUUUUCGACGAUAGUGUAUAUAGUUAAGCGUUAUUGUAUAAUGUAGAAUAAAAGAAUCUAAUGCAGAAAAAAAAAACAACAAAACUUAAAAGUAAUUUACUAUAAAUAAAUGAUAUGUAAUUUUUAA